GCGCAAACCGCAACCGGCAAGAUGGCGCAGUGUGUGUGUUUAAUUUUAUAGUAUGUAGUGUGUGUGUGUGUGUCGCAGUCUGAUUGAAGCGGAUGAUGUUUGCGGUUCGUCUGAGGUUUAAAACACGGCUGACAGUGUGAGCAGGAUGUCCGCCGAGGUGCUCAGGCCUGAGCCCGUGGCCGGGGGAAGCAGGGGCAGCGGGGGUAAACUUGGACUCCUGAUCAAUAAGCUGCACACAUUCCUGGCGGUUUCGGCGGAGCAGGGCAGCGAACACAGCUUACCCGGGCACUGGAGCGGUGCGAUGGCCAAAGAGUUUAUCGAGCAGCAGCAAGCUGUAGCGCGAGCCGCUGAAGAGGCCUCAGAGGCUCGGACCUCCGCAGCUCGCUCCAGAAGGAAGCCCUUGGUGGUGACGAAGCACAGCGGCCUAAACGAGUCGGAUGCUUCCUCUGAGAGCGGAAUGGAGGACGUGCUGUCUGUCAACUCCAGUGAACCGGACUCAACCUGCCUGCCUAAAGGUACAGUGUUCGUGCUCCCGGAGCCGGUGGCUAACGAAGUCCGUGACGAGUUCAGAGGUCCAGAAUUUCGCAGCAAACGAGUGAAACAAAACAAAGACUUCUCAGACAAACGGAGAGGAGGCUGUGAUAUCGAGCGAGUAAACUGUACGGCCUGCGGUCAGCAGGUGAACCACUUCCAGAGAGACUCGGUGUACCAGCAUCCUGCACUCAAAGUGCUCAUCUGCAAGUCCUGUUUUAAGUACUACAUGAGUGAUGACAUCAGCAAAGACGCAGAGGGAAUGGACGAGCAGUGCAGGUGGUGUGCGGAGGGAGGCAGUUUGAUUGGCUGCGACUACUGCAGCAACGCUUUCUGUAAGAAAUGCGUGCUGCGGAACCUCGGGCGGCGCGAGCUGUCGGCCAUCUUGGAGGAGGAGCGCAAAUGGUACUGUUACGUGUGCAGCCCCGAGCCCCUCAUGGACCUGGUGCUGGCCUGCGACUCGGUGCUCCAGAACCUGGAGAAGAUCUGGGCUCGCAAACGGGCCAACGUAGGGGGCGGGGCUCGCGGGAAGCAGCGAGGCGGGCGGGGUGGUGCGGGGGCGGGGUGUCCCCUCAGCACCGCGCCCUCGCGGGGUCUGUGUGACCGGAUGCAGCGUGUGGUGGACAUGACGACGUCGCUGAACCGCUCGUUCGUGGACUUCAUGCAGAGCGAGAAGGACGAGGAGGCAAGCGAGGAGGAGGACGUGGACCGAGCCAAGAGACUCAUGAUGUUCCGGACCAUCCUGCAGGACCUGCGCCAGGCACACACCGCCCUGCAGGAAGCGCUGGAUCGGGAGUUGUAUGGGGGGAAACGGGAGACUCAGAGGCAGCGCGCGAAACCUCGUCAGCGGAAACCCCGGGCUCCGAGGGGCUCGGCCGUCACGAAGGAACUGGUGGUGAAGCUGACCCCCGUCCCCAUGGAGACCUCUGUGAGUCACGACACUAACGACGGCGCUAGCUCCGUCAGCGCCACGUCUGUAAAUAUGACGGAGGAGAAUACACAAAUGAAGGAGGAGGAGGAGAAAGAGGAGAAGGCGGAGACAAUGGAAGGACGGGCUGAUGGGAUGGUAGAAAAAGACGAGGUGAAGGUGGAGGAGGAGCACGAGGGGAAAGGAGGGGCGCCGAUAGAGGAGGAGAACACCGAGGACGAAGACGAGGACGACGACGAGCCGGAGAUGGCGGAGGAGAACAAGCGAUCUCCUCGCGUCAAGACGACGCCUCGACGUCGACGCUCGGACGCCACGCACGCCGGCCUGGAGGAGGAAGAGGAGGAGGAUUCCGACUCGGACGAAGUACCCGCCGUGCUCCUGCAGACCGCCACCGCCGCCACCAGCGAAGACGAGGGUGGGGUCGACAGUGAUGGGGGAGGGGCCGACACCAACCAGGAGGUCAGAAAGCAGUGCCUCUUCGGCUUGGUCAAAACCACGCCCCCUUGCCAAGACCGAACAUCACGCAAGAGGAAACUGAAGGAGAGGUCCUCGUCUUCGUCGUCUUCUUCGUCCUCUUCGGCCACUGAAGCGACAAAGUCCGGGUCGAAGGUCAGAAGGAGCGUGGGGCUUCCUCACAAGGUCGCCAAGACGACGGUGGACAGCGAGAGCUCGUCGAGCGAUCAGGAAACGAACAGCAGCGACUCGGACGAGUCGGACCAGAAGAUUAAACCGCUGAGUGAUGUCACACUGAUGGGUUCAGUGGCGUUCCAGCAGUCUUCUGGAGACGAGGUGGACGUGUGCCCCGCCCCGGUGGUGCUGGACGAGGAUGAUGUGGAGAAUAGAAUAGCUAAAAAGAUCCUGUUGGCCAAGAUCCAAGCCGACUUUACGUCCAGCUCUGAUCAGGACGACACCUCGGACGGCGACGAUGAUGAAUCCGAAGAUGAGGAGGGUGUGACGAAGAGCAGUAGGACGAAGGAAGAUGAGGAGAAAAACGAUGACGAAGCUGAAGAAACCGAGGUUACAGAUAACAGCUCCGACUCGGACGAUCCGGCUAAACCGACGCAAUCGCGUCACCACCUGCUGCGCUGCCGUCUGACCCCGUCGGAGCCGGCGCCGAAAGACGACGCGGAUAAACCUGUCAAUCGGCUGCGAAGGAGGAGAAAAACACCCACGAGCAAGAUGAUAGUCGAUAGCAGCGAGUCAUCCAGUAGCGAGGAGUCGGCACUGAGUGAAACCAUCAGCCAAUCAGAAGAUGAGGACGGCAGCGCCGUGAAGCAGAAGGUCACGGUCUCUGACGCUGAACCUCACACGCCUCCCAGAAAGAAUGGCGCGGACGGUCACUCCGAUGCGGACGGUUUAAACGCGGAGGAGUGCACGAGCCCGACGAAGGGCCGCAAAAAGAUCCGGAGGAUCCUGGGUGUGGGUCAGCUGGCGAAGGAGACGCAGGAGGCGCUGAGGGAGGAGGAGGAGAGGAGGAAGAGGCUGGCGGAGAGAGAGAGACAGAGAAGACAGGAGGAGGAGGAAGAGGAGGAGAGCAGAGAACAAGCACGCGACGACUCGGAGGUAAUGAUCGUAGCUGAGACCCCUGCUCCCAGACCCGUUCCUCUGGUGCUGGAGCUCGACGAUGCAACACGGGAAUGUCUGGUGCAGGUGGACACACACCUGCUGAGGAAACUCAAACCUCACCAACGGAAAGGUGUGCAGUUCAUGUGGGACAGCUGCUGUGAGUCCAUCGCCAAGGUCAAGUCGUCUCCUGGUUCUGGCUGCCUCCUCGCGCACUGCAUGGGCCUCGGGAAGACUCUGCAGACAAUCACGUUCCUGCACACGGUUUUGACGUGCCAGUGGGUGGAGCUGAAGACGGCGCUGGUGGUCUGUCCUCUAAAUACAGCGCUCAACUGGAGAGCCGAGUUCGACAAGUGGCAGCGUGGCAUCACCGGGAAGAAAGUGGAGGUGAUGGAGUUGGUGACGGUGAAGGCGGUGUGUUCUCGAGUUAACGCUCUGACCAGUUGGUACAGGAGAGGAGGAGUGAUGAUCCUGAGUUAUGAACUGUACCGCACUCUUACACACAGAGACCAGGCCAAAUACGGCAAACAGCAAGAGAGCCUACGCCGAUUGCUGCAGGACCCGGGGCCAGACAUAGUCGUGUGUGACGAAGGUCACGUCCUGAAAAACGAGACUACUGGGAUCUGUAAAGCGAUGCGCUCCAUCCGCACGCGGCGGCGAAUCGUCCUGACGGGAACGCCGCUCCAGAACAAUCUUUCAGAGUACCACUGCAUGGUGAGUUUUGUGAAGCAGAACCUCCUGGGUUCCCUGCGUGAGUUUCGGAACCGGUUCAUUAACCCCAUCCAGAACGGCCAGUGCGCCGACUCCACGCCGUCUGACGUCCGACUCAUGAAGAAGAGAGUCCACGUCCUCCACGCACUUCUCGCCGGGUGUGUUCAGAGACAGGAUUAUUCUGUCCUGACGUCUUUCCUGCCCCCCAAGCGAGAGUACGUGCUGUCGGUCAGGAUGACGCCGCUACAGUGUCGAAUGUACAGACACUACCUGCAGAACUACACCGCUGAAGGACGGGGUGUGAACAGUUUAUUUCAGGAUUAUCAGAUCCUAAGUCUGAUCUGGACGCAUCCUUGGUGCCUGCAGCUCUCUGACCUUAAUAAAGGAAACAAGGCUAAAGGGGAGGAGCCAACUUCUGAAACCAUGGUGACUGGUCAGAAAUCCAAAGAGACAAAACAACAGAACCAUAAUGAACGUGGAACCAACUUAGUGGAAACUACACCAGAAGAGGAGCGCAGUGUGUUGAGCGGACCCCCAGCAGGUUGGUACAAGGAGUUUGUGUCCAACGUCGAUGCUGAGGUCCUGGGGCAUUCUGGGAAAUUAAUGCUGCUGAUGGAGAUCCUGCGCUGCGCUGAACAACUGCAGGACAAAGUGUUGGUGUUUAGUCAGUCUCUUGUUUCACUGGACCUGAUUGAAACCUUCCUGGAGUUGGCUGAUAGGGCAAAGAAGGAGGGGAAGGCACGUGUUUAUAACGGGCAGCGCUCAUGGGAGCGACAUAAAGACUAUUAUCGCCUGGACGGCUCCACUACUGCAACAGCACGCAAGAAGUGGGCUCAGGAGUUCAACAACGUCAGAAACACACGCUGCAGGUUGUUCCUGAUCUCCACUCGAGCCGGGUCUUUAGGGAUUAACCUGGUGGCGGCGAAUCGAGUCGUGGUGUUCGAUGCAUCCUGGAACCCGACCUAUGACAUUCAGAGCAUGUUUAGAGUCUAUCGCUUCGGCCAGAAGAAGCUCGUGUACGUCUACCGCCUCCUUGCCCAGGGAACGAUGGAGCAGAAGAUAUACGAGCGUCAGGUGGCGAAGCAGUCUCUGUCGUCCCGUGUGGUGGACCAGCAGCAGAUUCAGCGGCACUUCACACAGAGCCAACUGAGCGAGCUGUACCGCUUUCAACCUGACGUCCGCGGCAAGAACCACACCGUGGAGCCUCCGGACAAAGUGCUGGCGACGCUCCUGCAGCAGUGUGGGCGGAGCAUAGUGUCGUUCCACGAACACGAUUCGCUGCUAGAUCACAGGGUGGAGGAGGAGCUUAGCGUGGAGGAGAGGAAGGAGGCGUGGGAGGAGUACAAGCUCGAGGAGACGACGCAAACACACUCACGUGCCUCGAUCGACGGCGAGCUGUGGAAGAAAAGCAGGCAGGAGUUGGAGGUGAUGUUAAAAAAAGGUCGUUUGGAAGUGCAGAAAGCAGCGCAAAACAUCAAACAACGAAGUCUAGACUACUUUGAGAAGGAAGUGAUGAAACAGCACCCUCUGGUGGACACAGAUGUAAUAAGGCAGAGGGCUGCUCAGGCCUACGAGAGAUUCGAACAAGAGAGAAAGUUCAGGAUCGAGAAUUACCAGCACAUGCUCAACACUCAGCAGAAGCUCAUUCUGUCCAUACAGCAGAUUUUAGCUGAACGUCAAGGCACCAGAGCUCCUCCUGCUCCAUCCACACCGUUCGUCAGUUCGAGAUUAAAAGUGGGUGGAUCGUCCUCAGCCUCGCCCAGUGCUCCGCCCGCCGCUCCGCUGCAUUAGCUGCUGUAAACGUCAUCUCCUCACGAGAAGAGCGGAAGAGAUGAGCGUGUAAUCGAGCUGCUGUAGAUCUAACCACUACAACUAGCACCGAGGUUAACAGGGACGUCUGAUAGCGGCGCAAACGCUAACUCCGUCUUUAUACCCCUAGUUAUGGUUUCAAAAAGCUGCUGCUGAUGAUCCGUAUUGGACACGCGGGUUAGAGUUCGCUUAUUUUUCUACUUUUUUAUGAAUUUUACCUAAAACGCUAUCAGUUAGCAAAGUCGCGAAUGUGUUUAGUGAAAUCUUAGUUUUCUUUUUUCCCUUUCCACUGCAGUGUAACUAAACACUAACGUAAGUUAAAUUCAUCUAAUCGACCAGGAUCCUAUUUUGGUGAGAAAAAAAACACAACAACCAGAAAAUUAUAUAUUAUGGAUAAUUUUAUUUUUUUAUUUGUUGUGUAUAUAGUGUCUAGGGGUGAAAAAAACAGAUCUGUAAUAAUACACUAAUAAAGAAUUACGAUCAUUGUGUAGUGACUGGGUUCACUAAUGAUUUUGUUGUUGAGAAAAGAAAUAAAGGAACAAAG